AUGGACGGUGAUCCAGCAGUCGAAUCCGAACUCGACGCCUUCAGUGUCAUAUUCCCUCUCCCCUACCGCGUAGGCUUCAUCAUCACACUAGCCGUCUGGGGAUGGGGCCUCAACCUCCACUACCUGCACCUCGCAAAAGUCGACGUCCCAGCACUGAUACGCUACCCCGGCCGAUCCUCGCCGCACCACAUAUCGCACCACUUCUCGACAUACCGCCUCGCGACCGUCCUGUCCGGCCUGUUCGCCGUGUCGAUAGUGCUCUUCUGGCUGUGCACAUGGGGCGUGGCAUCGCGCGUCAUCGAAUACGACUGGAUCCCCAUGACGUAUCUCGUCGCCCUCAUCGCCAUCUUCUUCGUCCCGCUGACGAACCUCCCCAGCGGCGGGAGGAGGCGCUUCCUCGCGACCCUCAAGCGCGUGAGCAUAGGCGGCAUUGCGGAGGCCCAGGACGGCAAGUUCGGCGACAUUUUGCUGGCGGAUGUGCUGACGUCGUAUGCGAAAGUCUGCGGCGACGUCUUCGUCACGCUGUGCAUGUUCUUCACGUCGGGCGGCUCGUCGACGAAGCGGCCCGACCGGAACUGCGGCGGCACGGUCAUCGUGCCGCUGCUGAUGGCGCUGCCGAGCGUCAUUCGCUUCCGGCAGUGUAUAAUUGAGUAUCUGCGGGUGAGACGGGCGCCGUACAAGGAGUCCGCGGGCUGGGGUGGCCAGCAUCUCGCCAAUGCGCUCAAGUACUCUACCGCGUUUCCGGUCCUCAUCACGAGCACGCUGCAGCGGAACACGGAAAAUGCUGCCUCAAAGGCCGCUUACAACAGGGCGUGGCUGGUGGCCGUGCUGGUCAACUCGCUCUACUCUUUCUACUGGGACGUUGCGAAGGAUUGGGACAUGACGCUCUUUUCGUCUACGAGGGAGCGCAAUUCUGCGCAUCAUCCGUGGGGUCUGCGCGAUAGACUCAUCUUUCGACCUGUCAACAUGUACUAUGCGGUUAUAGUGCUGGAUUUGAUGCUGAGGUGUACGUGGUCCAUGAAGCUGAGUCCUCACUUGGACAAGUUUAGUGAUUUUGAGAGCGGCAUCUUUCUCAUUGAGUUUCUGGAGGUGUUUCGCCGCUGGGUGUGGAUAUUCUUCCGGGUGGAAACGGAAUGGAUUAGGAACUCAUCGACCGGAUUGGGUAUUGAUGAUAUUUUGUUGGGGGAUUAUUCGGGCAAGGAUGACGAUGAUUAG